CCGAGACGCGCAUGCGCAGCAAGGAGCACCAGGAAGAGCGAGUCCGUCACUGACAACAUGAACAAGCUGAAGUCCUCACAGAAGGAUAAGGUUCGUCAGUUCAUGCUCUUCACCCAGUCCAGCGAGAAGACGGCGCUCAGCUGCCUCUCACAGAAUGACUGGAAACUAGACGUGGCCACAGACAACUUCUUCCAGAACCCGGACCUGUACAUCCGAGAGAACCUCAAAGGAGUCUUAGACAGGAAGAAGGUCGAACAGCUCUACAACAGAUACAGAGAUCCUCAGGAUGACAAGAUCGGCAUAGAUGGAAUACAACAGUUCUGUGACGACCUUGGAUUAGAUCCAGCAAGCAUAAGCGUGCUUCUCAUCGCGUGGAAGUUCCGGGCGGCGACGCAGUGCGAGUUCUCAAAGCAGGAGUUCAUCGACGGAAUGACCGAGCAGGGGUGUGAUAGUAUAGAAAAAUUAAAAGCACAGCUGCCAAAAAUGGAACAAGAGUUAAAAGACCAAUCGAAAUUUAAGGAUUUUUAUCAGUUUACAUUUAAUUUUGCAAAGAAUCCAGGACAGAAAGGUUUGGAUUUAGAAAUGGCAAUCGCAUAUUGGAAUUUAGUACUUGCAGGAAGAUUCAAAUUCCUGGACUUGUGGAAUCAGUUUUUAUUGGAACAUCAUAAGAGAUCGAUACCUAAAGACACGUGGAACCUCCUGUUAGAUUUUAGCACGAUGAUUGCUGAUGACAUGUCCAAUUAUGACGAGGAAGGAGCCUGGCCUGUCCUUAUUGAUGACUUUGUGGAGUUUGCGCGACCAAAAAUUGGGACCAAAAGUACAACGGUGUGAUUGCAGUUCCCAGUCAAAGGAAUGUAGAGACCUUGUUCGUGUGAACACAGCUGAAAUGGCCGUGAAUAAAACGCAGGACUAGACCGAGCUUUAGAUCAAUCCUGUUCCUCAGAGCGCAGGAUUGAGACGAUUCAAUAGAGACAUUCAUAUCUUCUGUCAUGUUACGGUGGUUUGGGCUUCUCUUUAUAGUACGGACCUCCUUUUGUAUUACUGCCAGCCAGCUGGAGUUUAGUCGGUAUCCUGGAACAUCCGCAGCGUACUUUUACCAGUAUUUAUUUACACAAAGCUUGAUUACUUUUAAUGAAUGUCACACACCCUCAGUUGCUUCCUUUUAAUACUACCAGUGCACACUCCCCCGCCAUCUUUUAGUAAUACUUUGAGUGGCCGACUAGCACAAAGCAGUUCACUUUUAAAACACCAAGUUUACCACUGUUGUAGCAUUUUUUUUUUUUUUUUGGCAGAAUGCAAUAGCAGUGAGACACGCGUGGAUAAUCGCGCUCAUUGGCGUAAAAAAGUCCACUGCGCAACUGCCAUUAAUUGUGCUCGUUUGACACUUGGAGCAUUUACACAACAAGCCUUUGUCUAAGUAAAGCUGUUUUAAUUUCACAUACUUGACAUCUACAGGAGUAACUGCGGAUUUGUACCAUUUUUGAACUUCAUUUUGCUAAAGACAAGAGUUCACAGAUACAUAGUGUUUGCUGCUAAAGGUGAUUAAGCUUCAGAUCGUUGCACAGCAAGUGAAACGCCAAUGGCAGAAUCGGAACCACCUGGAGAAGAUCGCUCUUCAUAUAGCAUACGGACUUUCACUUUGGAAUAAAACGUAUUGGAGGGAAGGCUCAGGUGCUCAUAGAAAAGUCCAAAUGCCUUCAUGUAGCAGAAUACAGAGAAUCGUGUAAGUUAUUUUGUUUUAAUUUUUUAAGUUUUAUGAAAGACGAAUAAAACUCGAUGAAAUGAUCCUUGUGAUUUUACUAUGUAUUGAUAGUGCUUAAAUGAAGAAUGUGUGUCUGAAAUGUCCAAGCCAAACAGUUUUAAUGCUCUUUAAUAUUUAUAACAAAAUAGCUCAAAUAGUACUAGUAAAUGCAUGGCAGAGGAUUAAAAAAAAAAAAAAAACCUGAUUUCUCAGGUGAACUUCAUGCUUUAUCUGGAAGCAAUCUAAAACCCAGUGCUUUGGUAAUAAUCAAAGCAGAAAGUGUUUAAUUUUCCAUGCAAAUGAUGUGCUUGAGAAUAAUCACCUGCAUAACAUAUCUAAGAUUUGUUUAAUUAUAAGCCAUAUAACCUGAGAGGCAUUAAGGGCCAUGGUAAACAAAUUUGAAAUUAAGAUUGCAAGUUUUGUCAUUUAUUCCAUAAAAUGUGUGAAAUCUGGUUAUCCAUCACUUUAGAGGUGACUAUGAAACAGCAUCCAUUCAGUUUGCAUGGAGUAUUGCCAAGUAAUUCAAUGUGGCACUGCAUUGUUACAAUUACUAUGUAAUUAUAAAAUAAAUUGACUGCAGCUUCAAAGUAGGGCUUGGCAUUGUUCUAACAUUUUGUUCUUCCCCCAACUGUAAGCCCUUAGUGUGCCUGCAUUUCAAAAACUGAACCAUUUUAUUGUACCUUAACUGUCCCCUACAAAGUGCUUAUGAGUUGAGUGAAUUUGGUUUCCUGCAAAAAUCAGAUGCUCGAACACUGCACAGGAGCAGUGGCUCCUUAACUUACCUGUGGGGCAGAAGAGAGAAACUCCAAAGUUGCUUUUAUCCCCAUCUCGCCAGCAACAAGGCUUCGAAAUACAGAUGUCCUUUAAUUUGCAGCUGUGUUGUGCAAAACUUUGGUUAUAGCUACAG